GGUAUCGAGCGCAGGAGAGCCGCAUAUGGUCGCGAGGUAACCAGUGUGGCGCGUACACGCUCUACCCCCAUCCGCAGUCGCUGGGAUUUGCCAGAGUGGCCGCAGGUGCUCUCGUUUCGUGUGGUGUGGCAGCGACGUCCUCUUCUCCUUUUCAUGAACUGAACCCAUUCUCCGUACUCCCGAGCGAUCGUUAUUGGUGGACAAAUGCUCGCCAACAGCCCCAACAUUUUACAGAUGUGCAGUUUCGAUGCCAAUAAAUCAACGAAAGGUGCCUCCAAGUUACGACGUGAUCUAAUCAAUGCCGAGAUUGCCAACUUAAGGGAUUUGUUGCCUUUACCCUCAUCUACCAGGCAGCGUUUGUCUCAGUUGCAAUUAAUGGCGCUGGUCUGCGUAUAUGUGAGGAAAGCCAACUAUUUCCAACAUGUUCUUCAUAAACACGAUCUUCUGCCCGAGGCCUCCAUUCCCCACUUUGGUUUCUCGAAGGCGCUGAACGGAUUCUUAAUGAUGAUGACACAAAAUGGAAAGCUAUUGUAUAUAUCUGACAACGCUGCCGAAUAUUUGGGACAUUCUAUGGAGGACUUGUUGAUCCACGGCGAUAGCGUGUACGAUAUUAUCGAGAAACAAGAUCAUCAAGCCAUCCAGGCAGAAUUAAUGCGGAGUCCCAAUCCGCUAAGUUUAAUUCCCGACAGCAGGAUAUUCCUCUGCAGGAUGAACGUAUCCAGGAACGCCAGAAGACAAAUGAGAUUCGGAGAUCAGAAGGUGGUGUUAGUACAAGGGCAUUUUGUCAACUUUCUACCACUGUGUAGUCGAAAUGAACCCGUAUUUUUAGCAACCUGCACCCCUGUAGCCAUGCCCGAGACUCGCGAAUGUGUCGUUCAGGGAAGCACAAAUGUUUUUACCUCCAUUCAUUCAAUGGAUAUGAAGUUCCUACAUAUCGAUUCUAUUGGAGAAUUUCAUCUAGGAUAUAGAAAAUCAAAUCUUCAGGGAUUAUCGUGGUACGAAUUGGUUCACUGUGAUCAUUUGAGAGAAGCCCAAUCGAAGCAUCGACUAAUUACGCAAUCCGAACAAGAGAGAUCUUGUAUUCUUCUAAUAAGAUUGGAAUCUCAAAGUAGAAAGUGGAUUUGGGUUCACGUAGUUUUGCAAGUGAAAGACAGUUCCGAUAGUUCGCAACAACCCGUUAUUGUUUGCACUAAUCAAGUACUCAGUGAAAGAGAAGCGGCUGUGAUGAGGGCCAACAGUUGGCUCUAUCAAUUUUAUUCUCUUCAUUCCAAAAUGCACUAUAGUUUGGCGUACGAAGCCCACGCUACCAGAUUGCCUAGUUAUUAUUCUACGAUGAUGCCUUAUCCUCAUCCGACUCCAUCUGGAGGUGCCAUUCAUCCUUCGCCUUAUCAUCUACCUCCGCCCGGUGCACCGUUGAACGGUUCCUCUCAGCAUCCAGGUCACACAGUCCUCCAGUACGGAGGACCUCCACCACCACACGGAACUUUACCAGUACCAUACAUGGCUAAUUCUACAAGUUGUGAAGAUUCCAAGUGGCAGCAGUUAAAAAGAUCGUCGUCGCCAGAAAAUCAAGAUUUAGAUCAAAACCAGCCGAAAAGACCAAAUUAUUCAAGAAACGCUUUUACCUAUCCGCCUUCUCUCACAACGUUCGAUCGCAGAAUAGCAGCAGCAGUUCCUGUUCCUCUUCCUAUGGCGGAGAUCGGAACGGCUUCAUAUUAUGGGCCCACCGAAAUGCUCGCCACAGUUUCCCUUUCUCACUUUGGAACUUUAAGAAGUCAGAAAGAACAUCAGAUAAUUGAGAAAGAGCUAAUGGACGUUGAGCAAUCUUUAACUCCUACAAAUACCGAAGAAGUGUCUUUAAUUAUAUCGUCAUCGUCUCCUCAUAGAUUGAUGUCUGGAAAUUCCGUUCUUCUCACAUCCAACCCACCAUUAUCUUCGGUACUUUCAGAAAGUUCUCGUAUUCUUGCGGGAGGUACAGAAGAUCUCGGAUGCCAUCAAGACAACCACGACGGCCAAGAUAUAAGCACAAAAAGAAUGUCUUUCCCUCCCCUUGAUCCAACGCGAUAUCAUUUACUCUUGUCCGAAGAUGCGAUUAGAGGAAGAUAUAGUUUAUCCCCCAAACCGGAUUUAUGGUGCACUUUCAGAAAUACUCCGGCUGGUUAUUCAUGUUACGAUAUUAGCGAUGCUAAUAAAAACGGAUAUCAGUAUUCGGAAAGGUCACUAUCCGUCCAUAAAACUACUUCUUUAGCCAGAGAUAGUCACCUGGAAACGGGAGAAAGUUCUCUUUCCUCGACCAGUAGCGUUUCUUCCGAUCACUGUAGGGAAAGAAGGAGUCCCAGAAAAGAUCAAACAGCAGAAAAUCAAAUUGCGUGGUCUCACAACGAAGCAUUAGCCUGGAAUCAUAGGGAACCACCGCAGCAGGAUAGUAGUGCCUUAACGAAUUACGGUUCGCAGACAGAAAACCAAAGUCUAGUCUCGGGUACGACGGGGAAGAAAGUAAGGUUUGGAGAAGCUACUUCUAGGAAUACAUCACCGCAGAUGUUAGGAAGAACUACAAACUUUUCCAGUCACGAAAGGAAUUCUUGUAACAAGAUCGGAUGCCGUAUCCAUUGGCCAUCCAAUAACGCAUCCGACUAAAGGAUUACGGAUUUUUUAGAUGUUUCAUACCAUAAGAUGCAAAAAAACAUAAAGAAAAAUGAAGCAAUCCAGAACAAAAUUGUGCAUUAAGUCCAUCGGCUGUUGGACUACGAGUGUAUGACAUAUUGUCAACUCUUCAUCAUCAUCGAUCCAUCUUCAUGCUUGCAUGUAUAUUUAAGAAUUACAUUUAAAAAUGCGAGGACAAUCAAAGGAACAAAUAUUAUUAAAAAAUAUAAAUAUAAAUAUAUAUUUUAUCAUAUUUCAUCUGUUUAUAGUGUGGAUAGUGUUUUUUUCUACUGUUUUAUGGGACAAGGUGGCUUAUCUGUCCACGUCUUGUUUCGCAUAGAUUCAUUCAUCUGUAGGUUAACAAAUUGCAAGGGACGAAAGGAACCACCAACAAACAUCAAAAAUAUUUUCUGCAAUGUUAGCUUGUAUAGGAAGGGUUAUACACGGC